ACUAUUUCCCCCCCAAAACAAAAAGCCCACGAACCAAAACCAUCAAGAACACAAAGACCAUCAUCAAUCAAUCAAACUUAAUAAACAGAGACGGAGGGCAAGAUCACCGGUGAACGUCACGGCAUUGAGACCGGCGUGAAUGCUCUCUAAAGAUGGGAUGGAGUUUUGUUGUUGUUUCACUAAUUGUACUUUGGAUUGCUUCUUUAUGGAAAGUUCUUUUCUCGUCAUCAUCAACUUCAUUCUCAAAGACUUCAUUUCUGAGUGAUGAUAGAGCUCUUUCCAAGAGAAAUGUCUUGCUUGUUGUUGCACACCCAGACGAUGAGUCCAUGUUCUUCUCACCAACUAUAAACUAUUUGAUUUCCAGAGGGCAUAAUCUUUACAUACUAUGCUUUUCAAUCGGCAAUGCAGAUGGUAUGGGAAACACUAGAAAAGACGAGUUCUACCAGGCUUGUGCUGUCCUCAAGGUUCCACUUCAACAGGUGAAGGUUCUAGACCAUCCAGAUUUGCAGGAUGGUUUUGGCAAAGUCUGGGACCAUGAAUUGUUGGCAAAGAUCAUUGAAGAGGAGGUAUCUAGUCAUGGCAUUGACAUGAUUAUUACUUUUGAUAACUAUGGGGUUUCUGGUCAUUGUAAUCAUCGUGAUGUUCAUUAUGGAGUGUGCCAGCUCCUGCACAAUGUUUCAGAAAGAAGUGUGGAAGCCUGGGAACUUAUCAGUACCUGCAUUUUGCGGAAGUACAGUGGACCUGUUGAUAUUUGGCUGUCCAUGUUAUUACCAUUGAGAUACACUGAUGGAAUGACACACUGCCUGCUAAAUGAGCAUCCCCGGAAGAGCUUCCAUGCUAUGGCAGAACAUUCAAGCCAAUGGGUUUGGUUCCGCAAGCUUUUUGUAUCAUUUUCCAGUUAUACUUACGUGAACACGCUUAGAAAGAUCGAGGAGGUAAAGCAGAGUUGAAGAAACAUAUUGAAAAGAAUUUCACUCGGGGAUGUGAUUUUCUGACUUGUUUCUAUGCUGAUUUGUGUGUUUUCAGAAUGAUGUAUCAUCCAUUGAAUUUCAAUGCACUUUCUUUCGCAA